UAAGAUUCUUGCAGAAUAUCAGGAAAAAAUCUCUAUCUUCAUUUUUCUAAUGGAAAGUAGCUAAUGUCUAUCGCUCCUUUAAUACAUGAAAGGCAACUUCUUAGAACAAAGGAUCAAGAACUAACAAGAUUUCUCUCGCGAAACAAAAUCUAUCAGACAAAAAUGUCUAAACAGGCAUAUGAGUUCUGUUUCUGUUACCGGCGCAUGUUCAAGCUGAGAAUGGCAGAGCCUCCAGAGGAUGUUGUGAACUUGUUCAAUGAGUACUCUGACAACGGAGUGAUGACUGUCGAAAGCCUGCAUAAAUUUUUGGUAGAUUUUCAAGGGGAAGAGAAGGCUACACUUGAACAUGCUCAAGCUAUUUUCAACAGUCUGAAACAUCACCACGUCUUCCACAGGCUAGGCCUUAACCUUGAUGCCUUCUUUAGAUAUCUUUUUGGGGAUCUAAAUCCUCCUCUUGCACCUCUUGGGGUGCACCAUGACAUGAAUGCUCCUUUGGCUCACUAUUUCCUCUACACAGGCCACAAUUCUUACUUGACAGGGAAUCAGCUCAGCAGCGCAAGCAGCAUUGAGCCGAUCAUUAAAGCCUUAAGAAGCGGUGUCAGGGUCAUUGAGCUGGAUUUGUGGCCCAACUCGAAAAGGAACGAUGUGGAAGUUUACCAUGGAGGGACAAUGACUUCUCCUGUGGAACUUAUCAAGUGUUUGGAGGCAAUCAAGGAAAAUGCCUUCUAUGCUUCAGAUUACCCUGUCAUUAUUACAUUUGAAGACCACUUAGACUCUUUUCUUCAGGCCAAAGUUGCUCAGAUGGUGAAUAAAACAUUUGGAAACAUACUCUUCCCUGGCAUGGAUUUUUCAGAAUUCCCGUCACCUGAAUCUUUGAAGAGAAAGAUUCUGAUAUCGACCAAACCACCAAAAGAAUCCGGUGACAAUCUCAAGGAAGAAGAACCUAAUGAGCAUAAGAUUAAGGAUUUUAAUGACAUUUCAAUACUUACAUUAGGAGAUACAGGUGAAUCCAGACAUAGGAUCAAAGAAGAUGCACAGAUUCAGCAAUAUAAGAUGGAAGAAGAGGAGGACGAGGAGGAGGAUGCAGUCAUUCCUGAAUAUAAGAGGUUGAUUUCCAUUCAUGCUGUAAAGCGGAAAGGUGGCCAGGAAAACUUACUUAAAGGUGAUUCUAAGAGAGUUGCCCGUUUGAGUCUGAAAGAGCAGAAGCUGGAAUAUGCUGUAAGGACUCGUGCAACUGAUAUCAUCCGAUUUACUCAGAAGAACUUGUUAAGAGUAUACCCAAAGGGUACUCGAAUUCUAUCUUCAAAUUACGAUCCUUUCAUUGGCUGGGCACAUGGAGCUCAAAUGGUUGCAUUCAAUAUGCAGGGAUAUGGAAAGUACCUAUGGAUGAUGCAAGGAAUGUUUAGAGCAAAUGGUGGUUGUGGCUAUGUCAAAAAACCAGACUUCCUUUUGAGCUGUGGUCCAAAUAACGAGGUUUUCGAUCCCAGCAUAAGAAGGAAAGUCAAGAAAACUUUAAAGGUAAAGUUAUACAUGGGGGAUGGAUGGCAUUUGGAUUUCCAUCACAAACAUUUUAACCAAUAUUCGCCGCCAGAUUUCUUUACUAAGCUUCACAUGUUAGGAGUUCCAGGUGAUAAGAAGAAGGUGAAGACAGUGCCUAUAGUAGAUCAGUGGGUCCCUCUAUGGAAUGAGGAGUUUGAAUUUCCAUUAACAGUUCCUGAACUAGCCCUCUUGAGAAUUGAAGUUCGCGACUAUAACAUGAGUCGAAGGCAUGACUUUGGAGGCCAAACUUGUUUGCCUGUCUCAGAGCUUCAGACUGGCAUCCGAGCAAUACCGUUGUAUAACAAGAAGGGGGAGAAAUACAAGUAUGUCAAACUUCUUAUGAGUUUUCAGUUACUAGGAAGCUAACUUACUAUAACUUGUACCUUUUCUGUAGUUAAGAUAGUAAUCAGAGUAUGUGUUAAGUAUUUUACCUGAGAUGUAACAUAAUUUAUAUGCAUUCAGAAAUCUGUAUGACUGCUGCAAUCUUAUUCAGCAACAAUGAUUUCAUUGCUGAGAA